AUGACCAGGGGAAGUUGCGACUCGCGCCAGUGAGGAGGAAAUAAUCACAAUGUUACCUACUCAUGAAUUAUUAAGUGCCCUGUUCCUAUUUUAGCCCGACUCAAAAUGCUGCAUUUUCAUCGGUGGGUCUGAGGCAGCGUGCAAGGGUGUUUUUUUUUUCCCUUUUUUUUGACAGCUGUAUUACUGCUGAUAAGCGAGACUGUGUGAGCUGAUCAAGUAGUGAGACAAGCGUUCAGAGCAGUAGCAGCACAGCAGCAGCAGCGCUGUAGUCACUAGGUGCCGUGGCAGCAGAAGCAGCAGCAGCACUAUCAGUCACAGCACAGGCAGCAGCGACAGCAGCAGCAACAAACUCUCUCCUGUCUUUUUCUCUUCUUUCUGGAGUUGUUUCCCGCUCAGAGGACAAAAGCCAAGGAAGUAGGAGGGAAGUGAUCCAGGGCUGAUAGCUGCCAUCAAAAACAAAACCAAAACGCAGACCUGGCUGCCCCCAUGCCUAUCGAAUUUGUUUGCAAAAUCAAAUUUGCAGAGGAGGAUGAGAAGCAGAAAAGCAAGCAGGAUGGGGACAAGGAGAGCCUGAUCGAGGAGAGCUGCACACCUCCGGCCAAGGACUUGGCCGGAUUUGCUAACUCCUGCUCCCUUCAUGGGAUUAACCACAUCUUUGUCUCUGGUCGCCUGGGCAUCCGGCAGACUCUCUGGGCUCUUGCCUUUUUGACUUCACUGGCGCUGUUUCUGUACCAAGCGGCUAAGUGUGCCAUCUCUUACCUGGAGCACCCUCAUGUCACGGCUCUGAACGAGGAGGCGACCCCUGAGAUGGUUUUCCCCGCUGUGACCAUCUGCAACAUCAACCGCUUUCGUUUCUCUGCACUGACUGAUGCUGACAUCUACCACCUGGCUAACUUGACAGGUCUGCCCCCCAAAAACAGGGAUGGGCACAAACCUCAUGAUUUAAUGUAUCCUCCUCCUGACAUGCAGGACAUCUUCAACAGGACAGGACAUCAGUUAGAAGAGAUGCUCAUGAGCUGCAAUUUCAGUGGACAGAACUGCUCAGCUGAGGACUUCUCUGUGGUUUACACCAGAUACGGGAAAUGCUACACUUUUAAUGGCAACAAGACUACAUCCAGGAAAACCAAGCAGGGUGGAAUGGGAAAUGGGCUGGAGAUCAUGUUGGAUAUCCAGCAGGAUGAGUAUCUGCCCAUCUGGAGAGAGACAAAAGAUGAGACGUCCCUGGAGGCCGGCAUCCGAGUUCAAAUCCACAGUCAGGACGAGCCUCCCUACAUUCACCAGCUGGGCUUCGGCGUCUCUCCGGGCUUCCAGACCUUUGUUUCAUGUCAGGAGCAGAGACUGACCUACCUGCCCCAGCCCUGGGGGAACUGCCGCUCCACCAGCAAAGAGAAGUUCCCAGGAUACGACACGUACAGCAUCAGUGCCUGUCGCCUGCUCUGCGAGACCAACGAGGUCCUACGGGUGUGCAAGUGCAGAAUGGUGCACAUGCCUGGAACUGCAGAUAUCUGCCCUCCCAGUAAAGUCAACUGUGUUGACAAAGCACUUGCACAGCUACAGAAGAACAGUGGGGAUACCUGUCCAUGCGAGACUCCCUGUAAUCUCACCCGCUACGGUAAAGAGCUCUCCAUGGUCAAAAUUCCCAGCAAAGGCUCGGCUCGCUAUCUGUCCAGGAAAUACGACAAGUCGGAGGACUACAUCAGAGACAACUUCCUAGUCUUGGAUAUCUUCUUUGAAGCCCUUAACUAUGAAACAAUUGAGCAGAAGAAAGCGUACGAUGUUGCAGGUUUAUUAGGUGACAUUGGUGGACAGAUGGGCUUAUUCAUUGGAGCGAGCAUCCUGACAGUCUUAGAAAUACUGGAUUACAUCUAUGAGGUCAUCAAGCACCGGCUACAGCGUCUGCUGAGGCCGCAGAAAGAGGAGAAGAAGAACAAGCAGCAGACCAGCACUGUUGCAACAGUGGGUCUAGAGGAAAUGAAAGCAAAGGAGCCCAGUGACAUGACACGGAGUCACCCAGAGGGAGCGUACGCCAACACGAUUCUCCCCAAUCACCACCACCCUCACCCUCUCCCCCACCCUCACCCCCACCGCCAUCACGCCGGACACCACGGGGUGUUUGAGGACUUCGCUUGCUAAAGCCAACCAUUGUUUCCAGUCCUGGUGACAACAAAAGAUAAGAGCUGUCUGUGUUGAGAUCAAUGACAGACCCGUGGCAUUUCUGUCAUUCCUUUGCUGUCACCAGUGAAAAGCUACAGCCAAAGUCAAACACCAAACUUGUGCUGCUAACAAACCACUUGUACGUACAGUAUGUAGGCACAAAUCGGACACGGCUUCUUCUUCUUCUUCUUCUUCUCCCUCUUUCUCUCUCUUGCUCUCUGUGGACGGGACUCCACUCAACUCUGCCCUGCUUCACUCUGUGAUUCCAGGCACUGUGAUUUCAGGACCAACUUUUGGUACAUGAUCACUACAUGGGAACAAGAGGAGGACUGCAUGUCACCUUGAUCCAGUUUAUACUCCAAAAAAAAGGGGAAAUAUGAUUUAUUUAUUCAGCUAGCGUCUCAGAUUUCUUUCUGUCUAUAUCCCUUCAUAUAUUUCUCCUCAAACUACUCCUUCUUCUACAUGGAGAACACACUGUACCAUAUCAAGUCAUUGCACAUGAUACAUUAUGUAAUUAUUUAAAGAGAUACUAUUAUCUAUAUGUUCUAUAUUGUAUACAAGAAGACAAUACUUCAGUAAGCAAACGUUAUUCGUGUUGCACCAUCCAAAGUAUGAGGGGAAUUAUUUAGGCUGAAAUGUAUGAACUUGGCUUAGAGGAUCUAGCAGCAUCUUUCCACAUGAUUCACUUUGUCUGAUUUGUGGUUAAGGUGUUAGAGAGUAGCAUUGUACUUGUACAUAAAGUCCAACUUAAAAAUGAGAACGUUCUAAAAGUUCUGUUUCAAUGGUUGUUGUUUAUAUUUAGUUAAUAUAUAACUUAUGUAACAUUGAUUUUAGUUAUUUAUACAUUUUAGAGAAGAUUUUUAUAUGAAAAUAGCGAUCACGAUUGUAGCAAAUACUGUUCACGGCGAUAGACUGCCAAACACCGACACGUUUGUCCAGGUAACAAGAACGGACUGUUUGGCUCGUCAGUAAUGUUUCCAUCAUUUCCUUUUUGUACUUGCUUUGUACAAGAUGACACACAAAUCCUUUGCAUAUGGAUGAUGUUUUCAGCUUUGACUUGUUUGUAUUUGAAGUUUUCUUUUUCUCCCAGCCAUUUCCGCCCACCAUCCACUCUUCUCUUUGGUUAGCGUCAAAACUUUAAGCUGACAUAAGCAAUAACAGACAGAAUUUUAUUUUUAUUUUUUUCGCCAAGUCAUCUCCUUCUGCUGUGGGCCAGAGCCACUGUAAAAAUGCAGCAGCUAUUUACAGUGUGGAGCCGACAUCAGUGUGUGUGUGUGUGUGUGUGUGUGUGUGUUUAUUUAUGUGUUUGCAUGCGCACUUUAACAUUUUCACACACUUGACUGAGCACAUUAGACUGACACAGCUCAGUUGAGCUGAACCAUGGAAAAAAAGGAGGAGAAUAGAAUCAGAGUAUUUAGAAAGAAAGCGAGGAGAGUAUUAUUGCAGUCGUCAGGUUUUUAUCUACCAAUUCCAGCUCUGGAGACACAGAGAGAGUUGUAAUGUAAACAGACAACGGCUGAUGUAUUCUUAUUGGUAUACUUAAGCUUGAAAGGGCGGGACAAGGACAUCACAAAUUUUUAAGAGCACAAGUUAGUAAAGAGGGAGUGAAAAAUAAAAACAAAGACUCCGAAUCAGACUUGUCACUUCAUAGAAGGUCAGCUUAGUCACUGUCAGCCUUUUUCCACUGCAUGGACUUAUGAAGCUCGUUUAAAGGCCUUUUAACAACUUACAAAGAAGGAUUUGCUUUGAGGUUUUCUCUUGUCUCAUCCAUUACAAAUAGACAUUUGGACUGAGUGGGUGACGACAAAGAAUCACACUCAAAACAAGGCUCUUGAAGUCGGCACCUCUUUAUUCAGCAGAAGCUCACACAACACGGGGUUAUGGGAGAGGAGCUCCCCGAGCAAAAAGGACUGUCAGUAUUUAUACCCCAUAGCCUGUAGCCUCUGUUUGGGACAGCUUGUCUUUAUCCUGUUAUGGGAGGAUAGCUCUAUGUUGUUCUUCCAUCUUACAUGGGAACGUAACACUAAGUUCUCUCUUAUCAGGACUGCUGCAUAUUCCCACAGAAUCUCAGGAGCCUGAAAGAGACAAACACAAUCCCCAUUGUUUUUCCAUCAGACUGUUAAAACUGUACAAGGUCACAUAACUAUAUAAUGCUUAUAGUAGAAGAGUUGUGUAAGCAGCUGUGUGAGACAACAGCUACAGCUACAGGUGUUAGUUUCAGCUGGUGGGAGCAGCACAAGCCAGAAUGGGAUCCUACACUUACAGUUCAUAGUUUUUCACUUGCUUCAUGCGUUGCCUUCACUGUCAGGCCGUGCCUUUUGUUUUUAAAGGUUGAAUUGCCCAAUAAGAGCCCAGACGUAUUUGUCCAACAAACAUUUUCCAGCUCGAUACCCUCGCUGUGACGUGACAGCAAAUCUGCUGCAUCGAUUAUAGUCAAACGCACUUCAGCAAACACUACAAGUACCUGGAACUUGCUUUUAGUAUCACCUCCUGAGCAGAGCCCAAAUUUAUUUACAGCUACCACACCCCCCCCCACCCCCGAAAAAAGCAGACAACAGUAAAGAGGGGAGAAAAAUCAAUAGCUGCAGGUUAUGUUUUGUUGUUGAUUGCUACGCUUAAGUUCCUGCAGUGGAAAGAAAUGUACACAAGGCUGCCCAAGUAACUAUCAGCUGGAUCUCUACUAGCUGGGAAAAAUAUUUAGCUUAGCUUGACUUGACACCAAUCUUUGUGUGUGAGUUCUUUGGGCUUCAUGAUGUAGUUUCCAUCUUUCUUACUUUUUUUUGACUUCUCUCAAAAGUUAGGGUAAAGUCAGACUUGUAUUGUCUGCAGCUCAUUGUUCAUGUACAUUUAUUACCGGAAGUAUUUAGGAAUGAUGCAUGAUUGAAAUGCUUUAUGGGCGCAUUUUCAUUUCUGAUUGAUUUCUGAUGUAAUCAUUUCUGUCCCAUCAUCCAUUUACACACUGGACCAUAGUAAUGUAAUUGCAGCCUUGCUGUUAACCAAACAUGAUUCAUAUUCAGUUGUACCAUGUGCUGUAUCACAAAUCUUCCAUCUUGAUUGAGCCUGUUAGGAGAUUAUUUGCUAUCAUGCUGCAGUUUGGAUUUGUUUGUGUCAAAACAGACAUCAGGCAUCGUGUUUUGGUGGCAAAGUGUGAACAAAAGUUGUUGGACUAAAUUCUAAAGUUACUGCACAAAAAGGUGGCAGACAAUCCAUACUUCACAUACAUGAGACCUUUUUUUUUAAAAAAAAAAGUCACAUUACGGAAUUUCAUGUUAACAAAUGACAACAUAAUUUUAUGUGUUAAUUUGAUUGGUGUAUUCUGUUGCUGCAAUAUUGUCAUACAUUACUUUGGCUCACAACGAGAUUCCACAGUCACCAUCUGUCAGAUCCCCUCCUCCUUUCAAGUAAUCAUGGGCUAUACAUGGCUGUUUAAUAUUCAUAAUCAUGUGUCACUUUGACAUUUUCAAAAGGUUCCCAAUCACAGUCUCUGAUGGCAUCCUGUACAGGCUAUGCAUAACAAUCUUCUCCUCUGUCAUCAAUAAUUGUAGCUAUCCUUGGAGAAGUCACACAGGGCCUGGUGUGUUGAGAUGAAUACAGGGCUGCAUUUUUAUCGUGGAGUUUUGUUUGAAUGUUGGAGCCAGGAGUUGAUGUGGGAAGACUUUUUUGUCCUGAAGAUGAAUGUUUAGCUGCACUGUAAAACACAGCUGGGUUCAUUUGGCAUCCAAAAGCAUUUAGAAAGGCAAAUAAGUGAAACAUAAAGAGCUGAUUUUACGGCAGCAGUCUGUGUGAGGUGCCACAGGACUGCGCAGUGGGCAGCAGGUCUGUACUGUAGCAGAUGGAACGACUUCCCUGCUUGACAACAUGUAGCUGACAUUCCUGGGAUUCUUCAAGCCGCUACUCUGAGCUCCUUUCUCGCACAGCUCUUUGAACCGAUCUUUUUAUAGCUCCAUGACAUUGAGCCUGUGUGUGCUUAUUGCAUUAUCCAUAAAAAUUAAUGUAAUCCAACCAGCCACAGAUGUUAAGUUUUGAAUAUCUGCCGUUUUGUCCUCUUUUUUUCCCAGUUGAAUAUUUUCCUAGCUGAGGCCUGAGAGAAAAAUAUAAGUGCAGGGUGAUGCAAGGAGCUGUCAGGAAUUCACACGGAGCAAUUUCAUCCCAUAUCUGACAGAAAUGGAAAUGGACACAUCCCUGCAGCAACAAGGAGUGCUUACAUUUUGUACAGAAGUGUGAUCUUGUGAUUAUUUCCUCUGUUAGAACACAUUUUUUAAAUGUUAAAUAUGGUAAAUAUAAUGACUAUUAAAGUUUAGAUAAAAACCAGUGCCUCUUAAA